GAGAGAGAGAGAAAAUGCUGCCCUGUAGGCUCAGUUGAUUUCCCUUGUAAGAAAUUUGAACUGAACUAAAUAGAAUGCACACUCAACACAUUUACACUGCAGGUCAUAGCAGAUAACCGUGGCUAAGGCAAUCACAGCGGUACAGAGGAGAAGGAAGCCAGAAGAAGCCAGAGGGGAAGCCCUGCCUGGCAGAAGUCAUUCUGCUAAGAAACUGGCGGCAUUUGAGCAGCAGCGGGGUUCUGAUCGCUGAUGGCACCUCCACUGAGUUAAGAAAGUAAAGCUGUGCAGAAUUACAGAGGUAAUAUGGAUCCAGAGGAGUUUCCUCCUCCUCCACCUGAAGCUAAUUUUGCAGAUGAGGAAACUAAGGCAAACAGGGUUCUAGAAAAUGAGUUUAAAAGUGCCACUAAUAAUAAUGAAGAGGAAGAAGGAGAACAAUUUGAUUUCGACAGUGGGGAUGAAAUUCCAGAAGCUGAUAGGCAAGCACAUCUACCAUCAUCGGAAUCUGACUCCAAAGGUGUUGCUGAAAAUAAGGAAGUUCCAUCUACAGGGGAACGAUCAGCUGGAGGAGAUAAUUUGCAAGCUGCAGAAGCUAGUAAACUACCUGUACACAUGAAAGUAAAUCCAUAUUCAGUCAUCAAUAUUACACCAUUCCAGGAGAAGGAGCAAUUGUCACCAGAUCCAAUUGCUGAAGAAGAAAGUUCAAGCUCCAGUGUGCCCAGUGUUUACUCUGUUCCUGUGCCUUGUGGUUAUGCAGUUCCCUCUAAUUUACCGCUGAUACUCCCAGCCUACUCUAGCCCCAUCAUCAUUCGUACUCUCUCUGUGGAUGAAGAAGUGGACACACAGGAGGUGACAGAAGAGUCCCAUUUCAAUUCUUUAAGUUCAGAAGAUCCUCCAAACAGUGAAGACCAGGUCAAUAAAGAAGACAGUCCUCUAGCCAAAUGGGUUGCAGAUCCUGCCAAUACAGCAUGGAUGGAAAACCCAGAAGAAGUGAUUUAUGAUGAUGUGCCAAGAGAAAAUUCAGACUCAGAACCAGAGGAAAUGAUUUAUGAUGAUGUUGAGAAUGGGGAUGAAGGUGGCAACAGCUCUUUGGAUUAUGGGUGGAGUUCAAGUGAAUUUGAAAGCUAUGAAGAACAAAGUGAUUCAGAGUGCAAAAAUGGGAUUCCCAGCUCCUUUUUGCGAGGCAACCACAAAAAACAACUGUCUCAUGACCUAACCCGUUUAAAGGAGCACUAUGAGAAAAAGAUGAAAGAUUUGAUGGCAAACACUGUGGGAGCAGUAGAGAUUCAGCAGCUAAAGCAAAAACAUGAGCUGAAGAUGCAAAAACUUAUGCGGGCAGCAAAAGAAGGCACCAAAGAUGGCCUUGAAAAAACCAAAGCUGCUGUGAAGAAAGGCCGCUCAUUCAUCCGGACUAAAUCAUUUGUUUCCAAUGAACAUAGAUCUUGUCUUCAAGAGGAAGAGCUUAAUUUAUUUAUUGAUGUUGAUUGUGUGCACACAGAGGCUAUCAUGACCCCAAUGCCAGAAGGUCUGUCCCAGCAGCAGGUUGUAAGAAGGUAUAUUUUGGGUUCAGUUGUUGAUAGUGAAAAAAACUACGUGGAUGCUCUUAAGAGGAUUUUGGAGCAAUAUGAGAAACCACUUUCAGAGAUGGAACCAAAAGUUUUGAGUGAAAGGAAGCUAAAGAUGGUGUUUUAUCGCAUUAAGGAAAUCCUUCAGUGCCAUUCUAUGUUCCAGAUUGCUUUGGCCAGUCGGGUAUCGGAGUGGGAUUCUGUUGAAAUGAUUGGAGAUGUCUUUGUUGCUUCGUUUUCCAAGUCUAUGGUGCUGGAUGCUUACAGUGAAUACGUGAAUAAUUUUAGUACAGCUGUGGGAAUUCUUAAGAAAACAUGUGCUACCAAACCAGCUUUUCUGGAGUUUUUGAAGCAGUGCCAAGAAUCAAGCCCUGAUCGAAUUACCCUCUAUGGUUUGAUGAUGAAGCCAAUACAACGCUUUCCACAGUUUAUUCUCCUCCUCCAGGACAUGUUGAAGAAUACCACAAAAGGACACCCUGACAGGCUACCCCUGCAGAUGGCACUUACAGAGCUUGAAACAUUAGCCGAGAAGCUCAAUGAAAGGAAAAGAGAUGCAGACCAGCGAUGUGAAAUCAAGCAGAUAGCAAAAGCCAUAAAUGAAAGAUACUUGAACAAGCUUCUCAGCAGUGGCAAUAGAUAUCUUAUUCGUUCUGAUGACAUGGUAGAGACUGUUUACAAUGACAGAGGAGAAAUCGUCAAAACCAAAGAACGUCGGCUCUUCAUGUUGAAUGAUGUGUUAAUGUGUGCUACCGUUAGUGCCCGCACGUCACACGAAAGCAGUGGGGCUGUAUCAACCAGCCAAAGAUAUUUAUUAAAAUGGAGUGUUCCUCUUGGACAUGUAGAAGUCAUAGAAUACAGCAGUGGUCAAGGCCAAGGAGAAAAUAGCAGAUACCCUCAAGCUCAUUCCACUGAAAGUAUUAUCGUGGUCGCCAAUGUAAAGCCACACAAACUUUACAUGGGACCAGGACAAUUGUACCAUGAUUUACAGAAUUUGUUGCAUGACUUGAAUGUAGUUGGUCAAAUCAGUCAAUUGAUAGGAAACCUAAAAGGAAACUAUCAGAACUUAAAUCAGUCAGUUGCACAUGAUUGGACAUCAGGUUUACAAAAGCUUAUCAUGAAAAAAGAAGAUGAAAUCCGAGCAGCUGAUUGCUGUAGAAUCCAGUUGCAGCUCCCAGGGAAACAAGACAAGUCUGGACGGCCUACUUUCUUUACAGCUGUGUUUAAUACAUUUACCCCAGUCAUCAAACAAUCUUGGAUCAACAAUUUACAGAUGGCUAAGCUUGCCCUGGUGGAGGAAAACCAUCUGGGCUGGUUCUGUGUAGAAGAUGAUGGGAAUCAGAUAAAAAAGGAAAAGCAUCCCCUUCUUGUUAAACACAUGCCAGUGAUGGUGGCCAAACAGCAGGAGUUUAAGAUUGAAUGUGCAGCUUAUAAUCCAGAACCUUAUCUUGGCAAUGAAACUGAGCCAGAUUCGUUUUCCAUGCAGCAUGGAUUCCUAUGGAUCGGCAGCUGUACUAAUCAAAUGGGUCAAAUAGCCAUCAUCUCAUUUCAGCAUUCCAGCCCCAAAGUGAUUGAAUGCUUUAAUGUGGAAUCACGGAUUCUUUGUAUGGUGUACAUUCCUGUAGCUGAGAAACACAAAGAGUCCAAAGUCACUUCUGAUCCUGAAACUGUGGUUGGAAAAACUUCAGAUGUACCGACUAUUUGUCUAGGCACAGAAGAAGGAAGCAUUUCUAUUUAUAAAAGUAGUCAAGGCUCGAAAAAGGUGCGACUUCAACACUUUUUCACACCUGAGAAGUCUACUGUCAUGAGCUUAACUUGUACAUCCCAGUAUCUCUAUGCUGGUCUUGUCAAUGGGAACCUUGUUGUCUACACCAAAACAGAAGAUGGAUCAUGGAAUUCUGAACCUCAAAAAGUGGUCAAAUUAAGUGUCCUGCCAGUUAGAAGUCUACUAAUGAUGGAAGACACUAUAUGGGCAGCAUCUGGUGGACAAGUGUUUAUCAUCAAUAUUGAGACUCAUUCUAUAGAGAACCAUCUAGAGGCCCAUCAAGAAGAGGGAAUGGUGAUCUCUCACAUGGCAGUUGCUGGAGUUGGCAUCUGGAUUGCCUUUACAUCUGGAUCUACUCUCCGCCUUUUUCACACAGAGACACUAAAACAUCUCCAGGACAUUAACAUAGCCACCCCUAUUCAUCAUAUGUUGUCAGGACAACAACGAGUGUCUGUGACUAGCCUGCUGGUGUGCCACGGCUUGUUAAUGGUUGGAACAAAUCUGGGGAUCAUCGUAUCACUACCAGUUCCUCGUUUGCAAGGAAUUCCUAAAGUGACUGGCAGAGGGAUGGUUUCCUACCAUGCACACAACGGCCCUGUGAAAUUUCUUGUUAUGGCGACAGCUUUAAACAAGAAGAACCACGGUCACUCCAGGAACAGCCUGCUUCCCCACGCUGAAGCCCAGGAUGAAGACCAGAAGGACCUCCUUCCCAACGAGCUAUCGGGCUCUUGUCUGAGUCAGAGCACCCCUGACAGCGCGGUUUGGUUAGGGGACUCAGCGGGAUCCAUCACCCAAAAAAGCGACCUGUCGUCAUCCUCUGGAUCGCUCACCUUGUCUCAUGGAUCCAAUUCUCUGGAGCACGGACCAGAAGAUAGCACCAUUUAUGAGCUCUUAAAAGAUCCAAAUAUUGCACUUAAUAAAGGGAAGAGCCACCAAUUUAAGAAAAGCAAGGCAAGUUCAGUAUUAGUCAUCUGCGGAGGACAGGGGCAUCGAAGGGUGAAUAAAAAAGCCAAGCAACAACGCCAAGACGAGCUGGCUUCUUCUGUUAUGGUCUGGCAGAUUCCUCUAUUAAAUAUAUAAAAGUGAGGAUGGCCAAUUCUACAGUCAUCGAAUCUUCAACUGAAGAAAUGAUUGAACUAAAUCAUAGAAUAUAUGAUUUAGACUGUAUCACUUUGGCGUGUAUGGGGAGGGGAAGCACAGUAUUUAGGGAAAACAUGUGCAAUAUAGUAGUGGCGACGACUCAGUCAGUUUGCCAACUUUAUUCUCUGCUGCAGAAUUGGGAUUACAAGCACUACAGAAACAAGUUUCAAAGUUAAAGCAUUUUUUUUUUUUGUAAUUUGAAAAGUACAAGAAAUGUGUGCCCGUUUUUCAUUUUUAUAUUUUGCUACUGUAGCACAUACCCUAAAGUGCUAAACUGGUCAUAUUGAUUGAUCCUUUUCAAAGCUCUUCUGAUAUAAUCAACCUAAAGACAUUCUCAAACUAAGAAUUCGGGCUUGCUAAAAAUUCAGCAUAUGGGAUAGUGCAAGAAGACAUUAGGUUAACAAUUCUUGAAACACCAUCUUUUCAAAUGUGCAAUUUUAUUUAUGUUUUCUUUUAUAUAUUUCAGAGUAAAAUUUGUAACUGUUAGAAAAGGCAGGGAACACAUAUCAGUUCAGUUGCUCUUGUUUGCUUUCGUAAGUCAGCUAUUUUCCCCAAAGUGAUAUCAUGCAUGUUUUGUAUAUUUUAACAAAGUAGCAUUUUAUAUUACACAUUUCUCAAUAAAAAUUUGAGGUGAAAAUUGUAUUUGAUGUAUAAUCUAUAAUGAUAUUCCAUAAAAAGAGCAUGUUUUAAAACAAAAUGUUCAGCAAGUAAAUAACCUUCAGACAGCUACUACUAGACAACAUAUUGUACACAGAAUCCUGUGUACUUGCAGUGUUAUAAGAAAUAUAGUGUAGAAAAAUUGUUAGCUAUUCCUUUCGCAGGGUUUCUAGCAUCCACCAAACUUGGUUCAACAUAACUAUUUCUCUGUUCAGACUGAAUAUUCAUUCUGAAGGACUCUUGGUGCUAGCUUUUGUGUAUACUUCAUUGCUGGCAGUGGGGCAUCAGCCAAGAAAACUGACACCUUUUUCCCAUUUUCUGCAAAAUGCACUAGUUGUAUUCUGCAGUUGUAUAGCCAACUAUGCCAUGUUGAGAUACAUGAGUAAUGUGUGAUUUACAUUUCAUUCAAGACUGUAUAUAUGUCAAUAUUUUACUUGCGAAAGAAGCAAAUAACUAAUGGAAAUAUUCAUUUGAAAUCAAUUUCUGGGCACUUUACAGAUUUUUUUAAUUCUACUUUUAUGAUAUAGAGAAAUAUUUUCUAAGGUUCAUCCACAUUCCUAUGAAAAUAAUGUUUUAAUCUCUCUUAAGCUUUCUAAACUGUUAGCUGCUAUCUGGUUUGAUAAAUAAAACCUGACUUUUACUUAGAAACAAUAAUAUUAUGGUUGCUUAAUUUUUAGAAAAUUCAUUGGGGAGAUGAUAUCUUUUGGGGCAAGGGAUUACCGAUCAUAUAUUGUCAUAAA